CGGGCCUUCAGGCACCACGACAUCUAGAUUCCACCGUUACACCAAGACGUCGGUACCGCCACAUCAUCAUCCGCCCGACGGGCUUUCCGGUUUGCAUGUUCCCACUUCCUGCUCCGGUAAUAAUCCGCAUCACUCGUCGAUCUCGAUUAUCCGUGUCGUUUUGUCGUCUGUUGUGGUGCGUCAGCGCCCGGUAUACCGAGUGCGGUGCGGACUGCGAUUCGGAUAAAACGGCGCCCCCACUGUCAGGCUCCCCACCAGAGCGUCGUCACCUGCCCGGCCAAAAAUGGAGCCGCCGGGACGCUCCAGGCCCGCCCGAAAGCCGCCUAGAAACCUUGUGGUCCAAUUCCCCCGAUGCCUGCAACUUGGAAGGCGACUACCUACAUAAACCACCGAGUGUGAUGAAAGUUCGAAUUCAUGCACGAGCUGGAACACUUCUCUAAACGGCACCCUUUUGCAGGUUUUCGUCACCUCUCAGCUCAAAAUGUUCGAGUCGAACGGCUACAGCACCUCGCCACGCUCAAACGAGCAGCCUCGGCGUUUGU